AUGCCAUCGACAAUUGGAUUUCACGCAGGUUCUUCUGAUUCUCACCUACUUCUGCAUCUCUCACAGUCUCUUCCUCACCCCCCUCUCUCUCUCUCUCUCUUCUCUCUCUCUCUUAGUUGUUUUCUACUUCUCUAUCUUUUACUACUUUAUUUUUCUUUCUUGAAAUUUUCCUCAAUGUGUUGUCUUACAGUCUUUUCAUUUCCUUCUCCCUAUAUCGCUAAUGAUCUCAUUCUCUCCUUCUCUCCUUCUGUCUCUCUCUCUCUUCCCUCAGAUUUCUACCAAUCUCUCGCAUUAUUUUCUUCUUUCUCUUUCUCUCACUAUCUCUCUUUCUCUCUGAAAGUCAUUCUUUCUUACCAAUUCUCUCUCUCUCUCUCUCUUUACUUUUGUAUCCCUCAGCAUUUAUCUGUAAUCUUGAUCGUCUAUAUCUGCCCAUCUCACGAUCUCUAUCUAUAUUACUUUUUAUCUCUCUGUCUCUCUACCACUCUCUUCCCUCUCUCUACAUCAGAUGAUGUCUGA